AAAAUAUUUAUUUAUUAGUGGUUUCAUUCUAUAUUUAGUACGUCAACGUGUUAAGAAUUGUUUGACAGAUGAAAAAUGGAAACUGUGUCAAGUCUUAUGAAAUGAAUAGAGUAUGAUUUUUGUUGUUUUUAUUUUUUUUUAAAAAAAACCAUUAUUUUUGUUAGAAUUGAAUAAAAUAAAAGUUGCCGUCAAAGUGACCUACACCCUGAAGUUGAAUCCUCGGCCGAUAAUCUCCCAGUCAUGCAUUCAAAUAUAAACAUGCAAGUAAAGUACGAAAAAAUGAAAUAAAUAUUAAAUAAAAAUAAAAAUAAAAAUUGUAUUAAAAAAAAGUAAAUAAAGGUACACAAAUUAAAUCUCCCAAACAUUCUCCCAAUUUCCCAAACCCUUUACAACAACAAUGGCACAUAUCCUUGUUCGACCUUUCGACUGACCCGAAAACCCUAAUUCCCAAAUUCUCAAAUCUCAUCCAUUUUCUCUGUCUUCAAUCACCCCAAAAUUCUUCUCAAAAAUUCAAGCACAAUCGCAAUUAAUUUAAUCCCUGUUUUACUUUUUCCGAUUUUGAUUCGAUUCAAUUCAAUUCUGUUGGAUUUGAUGGGGCGAAAUUCUUCAGCUUCAACAUCUCUUGCGCCGGGUUUUCGAUUUCACCCGACAGAUGAAGAACUGGUAUGGUAUUAUCUGAGGCGUAAGGUUAGCGGCAAACCCUUUCGUGUCGAUGCGAUCUCUGAAAUCGAUAUUUACAAAGUAGAACCCUCUGAUCUUCCAGGAUUGUCGAAGUUGAAGAGUAGAGAUCUAGAGUGGUAUUUUUUUAGUGCACUGGAUAGGAAAUAUGGUAAUGGAUUGAGGACGAACCGAGCGACGAAUGAGGGUUAUUGGAAAACAACCGGGAAAGAUAGGCCUGUUUACCAUAAGUCUCGGGUUGUUGGGAUGAAAAAAACGCUGGUUUAUCAUAAAGGUAGAGCUCCACGCGGCGAGCGGACCAAUUGGGUAAUGCAUGAAUACAAACUCAAUGAUGAUGUGCUAGAGAAGGCUGGUCAUAUGCCGGAAGGGUUUGUUUUGUGCAGAGUGUUUCAGAAAAGUGGAACAGGACCGAAGAAUGGGGAGAAGUAUGGAGCGCCACUCGUGGAGGAAGAGUGGGAAGAUGACAGUUUGGAAGAUGUGGUGCCUGCCGAGGUGUCUUUUGAAGAUCCCUAUGUUGAUGAUGAUGCAUACAUUGAACAGAAUGAUCUAGAACAGGUUGUUGAUUGCCAACUUCCAGCAAAUGUUCCCUUUCCUGUCAGCUUCAACCCUGUUGAUAGCAACUACUAUCUUGAAUGUUCCCAGAAUGUGACUGGAGCUGAACAAGCUUCCGUUGUUGAGGAGUCUGAAGGUAAGUGUGGUUUGCAGGUUCUGGAUGACCAGGAGUUUUAUGAUCUUGGGCAAGAUGAGAACACUGCAUUUCUUGUGAAAAAUGAGCAUAUGGCUCAACCAAAUGACUUGAGUAACCAGGCUCCUGGCGAUUUGCUGGAUGAUCUACUCUCUGGUAAUGCACCCCCCAAGGAUGGGCUUUUUCUGGAUGCUGUUGACUUUCUAGAACCUGUUCAAGAAGAUAUCCAUGAUUUUGAUGUUCUUGGAUCAUAUCUGGAAGAUGAUUUUGAUAUUGGACCAUAUCUUAUUUUUGAUUCUUCUCCAGAACAGAUCGGUAUUGAUGCUGAUCAAAGUUUCUCCUUCAAACAGAAUAUGAUGGAUACAACUUGGCAAGUUCCUUCAGGAAGUCAACUAAACGAAACAGGUGAUGUUGAUGACGUUGCAUCAUCUUCCAAGGCUAAGCCAUCUAAGACUGAUAUCCAAUAUCCUUUCCUGAGUCAGGCAAACCGAUUUUUGGGGAAUAUCCCUGCUCCACCAGCAUUUGCUUCAGAAUUGCCUUCCAAGGACGUGGCUGCACGUUUGAGCGCUGCAGUGCAGGCUUCUACCACCCCGAAUGUGACUGCUGGUAUGAUCAGAAUAAGGGACUUGCCUAUUGGGGUCAUCAGAAGUGGACUGGCAGGACUACAUUGGUCCUUUGACAAGACUGGUAAUGUCAAUGUUCUCCUUUCCUUUGACCUUCCUGAGGCUGUGAACCCUGUGGGACUAGAAUCAUUGACGGGCUUGUUGUCGAGAAAGAUUUCUACAGCAAGUUCUCACGGAUGGUUAAGCUUUAUGUUUUUCCUGUUCUUUGCUUUUGCUGCAAGCGUCAAAGUUGGUUUAUACAUCUAUGCAAAGUAACAGCAAUUUUCCAGCAGAAUUAGAAAAAAGAGAAUUAUGCUUUGGUCUUUAUAUUUUAGACUUCGGGUUACCCUUAAUUUUAUAUACUUUUGCCUUAAUGGCCUAAUGUAGAGUAAAGAUUGAUACUCUCAGUUCUUUUAUACUGUUUCCUUUUGACACAUUCUAGUUUAUCCUUGAUUUAGUAGCUGUCAUGUGGUAAAACACGGUGUAUAAAUCUGCAGACUGCAGCUAAUAUUAAUAGCUACCAUGUCUCAUGCUAAUGUGAAUUUUAAAAAUUCAUAUAAUAAUUCAUAUAAUAAUUAGGUGUUUGUGUUAA